UUUUUUUUAAAGUAGCAGCCUACAAAAGGGGUGUGACGGGAGUGACGUAUUUUUUUGAUUGAUCCACACAUUGAACGUCAGGUGUGUAGAGUCAAUCGAUUCGAGUAGAGAGCGGAAUGCGAACUGCACCACGGACUACGAUGUACUAUACCAAGACUUUCCAUAGAGCCAACAUCAAUCUGGAUUAAUUCUGUCAAAUAUGUCGUCUCUACGUGAAAGAUUCCCUAGUUGUCAGCCGUUUGCCUUGAAAAAUUGAUAUAUUUUAUUCUCUACGUUAAAGAAGGAGCAAUUAAAAGAGGUCAAGAUGUGGAUGAUAAUGCAAAAGCAGAGAGAACUGAAUGAGAAGAACAAGAGCGACGAGAGGCCAGAACCGGAAAUGGGAAGGAAAGUAGUCCAAAGAGAUCUAACAGACAAGAGAAGAAGAUCGGCAACGAGAGGUACCUUAGUGUGCAUCGUUAUGUGUGGAUCUCUUCUAUUGGCUCUAGGCGUGGCUCUACUCUGCACCGGCCUUCUAGAACCUAAAUUCAAGGAUAACCCCAUGCCAUGGUUGGUCACAGGACCCACUUGCAUCGUACUGGGUAUAUUGGUACUGUUAUUAUCUGUAGAAAUAAUCAUCAAGCUGCGUAAAAUCUCGAGCUCCGAUGUGGACGAAGAGGGCCUAAAAGACGGGGGUUGGAGCAAUUGCAACAUGGAUAAAUCCAUGCCACCCGUACAGAGCGUUGGAAAUCCUCCAGUUUCGGUAGUGGUUCAACCCCCCACUCCCAUGGUGUUAGAUCCCACUAAAUUAGACUCGUAAUGCCUCGUUUAUCUCGUGUUUUAAACAUUCCAUAAAAGUUCUUCGCGUUUUUAUCGACUCAAUCUUCCUGUGGUAAAGUCGGAUCCACGAAUAUUAACACAGUAUACAGUACAUAUAUAAACAUAGACCUAUAUCUAUGUAUAGAUAUAGAUUUGGGGGAGGUUUCGGAGGAAAAUCGAAGCAAUCGUGCCAACGUAACGAAGGAAGAUGAAUUUUAUCAUUUGAAACAAAUAUUUUUCGUUCUGAUUGCAGGUGAUGAAUAUAUUUUCAUACUAAAGUACGUCUCUGAUUAUUUUUUCCCUUCUCCUCCUCCUCUUCUUUUUCCCAUAAAAAAUUAUAUUUACUAAUACACAUAAUUGUAUUUUGUACGCUAUUAAUU